AUGGCGUCCGCUGGAAAUAAACAUUACGGUAACGCUAGAGUUUAUUUCUUGCCAAGGAAACGCUUUUUACACAAAUCUGAUGAAUAAAACUCUCUAAAGAGUUGCAACCUGAGCACUUUGAAGACGAUUUAGACAUCGGAAAUUGCCGCAUGCGCAAUAGAGGGGACUCAGAAUUUCACGGAACACAGCUUCUUUUGAGCGUGUCACAGACACUCGUGUGCUGUGAAGGAGCCCACUCCUCCCUGCUCCUCCGGCGGCCACGCACACAGCACGGCCCCGCUCUCCCCCAGCCCGCGGAGCUAUGGCGGCUAAAGCCCGAAAACACACCGGGGGGAAGAGCGCUGUGAGCCCGGCAGAGCGCGACAAGAGCCCGCUGCUGCUCUCCUCUCCAUCCUCCGGGAAAAGUAACGCGAGGCGAGCGGGCAGGGAGGGCAAAGCGACCCCCGGCGGCUCUCACGCGAACGGACUCCCGGGAUCCAGGCACAGGCUAACCCCGUCCGCAGCCGCUAAGCUCGGGCUCCUGCUGUUUCUCGCUGCCCUGGUUGGAUAUCUUCACUGGUACCAUCUUUUCCAGCUGUUUGAAAAUGACAGGCACUUCUCUCACCUGUCAACUCUUGAGAAGGAGAUGGCGUUCCGUACAGAAAUGGGCCUGUACUACUCCUACUACAAGACCAUUAUAGAAGCCCCCUCCUUCCUGGACGGCCUGCACAUGAUUAUGAAUGACCGUCUGACAGAGUACCCCCUGGUCAUCAACACACUGCAGAGGUUUAAUCUGUAUCCAGAGGUGGUCCUCUCCAGCUGGUACCGCGUUUACACCGCUGUCAUGGGCUACUUUGGAGUUCCCACUAAAAUGUGCUGGAACAUCAACCGAGGAGAGGGUCUGACGCCGGUGGAGAGCUGUGAAGGAAUGGGCGACCCUGCAUAUUUCUAUGUGACGAUUGUGUUUGCUCUGAAUGGGCUGAUGAUGAGUCUCUUCUUUAUUUACGGAGCUUAUCUCAGCGGCAGUCGUCUUGGCGGCAUUGUCACAUCUUUGUGCUUUUUCUUCAAUCACGGAGAAAGCACUCGAGUGAUGUGGACCCCACCUCUCAGAGAAAGUUUUGCAUACCCCUUCCUUGUUCUGCAGAUGCUGCUCUUAACAUACAUUCUAAGAUCGAGGACUCCCAGCAGGACGGCCUUCGUAGCUCUGGGAGUGUCCAACCUGUGCUUCAUGUUGCCUUGGCAGUUUGCACAGUUCGUUUUACUCACUCAGGUGGCGUCUCUCUUUGCGUCCUAUAUCCUGGGUUACCUUGUUGCGAGCAAAAUGCAGUCCAUCCUGGUCACUCAUAUGAUAACACUUGCUGUUUGCUUCAUCCUGAUGUUUGGAAACUCCAUGUUACUGACCUCCUUCUACGCCUCGUCUCUUGUCUCCAUUUGGGUCAUCAUUGCUCUCAAAGACCGAUUUGCUCAGCUCUUCAAACCAGGCAUCAUCAUCUGGCUGAUGCAGGGCUUGGCUUGGGUCGGCUCCACGGUUCUACUCAAAUUUGUGCUGUCCACUAUUCUGGGAGCUUCUGAUGAUGCUCACAUCAGUGCUCUGAUCAAGUCCAAGUUCACCAGCUACAAAGAUUUCCACACCAUGAUGUACACCUGCGCCGCUGAGUUUGACUUCAUAGAGGUCGAGACUCCCAUUCGCUAUCUCAAAACGCUGCUGCUGCCCAUCAACGUGCUGGUGGUGUCUGUGAUUGCUUGGAAGACAGUCCAGGAUAUAGUCAGGGUCCUCAGGGAUGGAGCCAAGAUGGAACUCUCCGAGGAAACCGGAUCUGACAUAGCAGCAAGGGGAGAGCUGGUGUACCACAGUCUGCAGCUGGGGGCCUUCACUGUUCUGGCUCUGCUCAUCAUGAGGCUGAAGCUCUUCCUCACUCCUCACAUGUGCAUCAUGGCCUCCCUCCUCUGCUCCAAACAGUUGUUUGGCUGGUUCGGGGAGCGCUCCAAACAGCAGAUGGCGGUGUUCGGCGUGCUGGCUCUCAUGGCCGUACAGGGCCUGUCCAACCUGCAGGCUCAGUGGGGCAUCAUCGGGGAGUUCAGCAACAUGCCCCAGGAAGAGCUGCUCGACUGGAUCCAAGACAACACACAUCACAAUGCUGUGUUUGCUGGUGCGAUGCCCACCAUGGCCAGUGUGAAGCUGUCCACAGGCAGGCCCAUCGUCAACCACCCGCACUAUGAAGAUGCUGGACUCAGAGAGAGAACUAAGCUGGUGUACUCCAUGUACAGCCGUAUGUCUGGAGAGACGGUGAAGAGGAACCUGAUGAAGCUCAAAGUGGACUACUUUGUCCUGGAGGACUCCUGGUGCACCAGAAGGACAAGGCCCGGGUGCAGCAUGCCUGAGAUCUGGGACAUCGAGGACCCCGAGAACAUGGGUAAAGUCCCUCUGUGCACCCAGCUCGCCAGGAACUCCCACCCACACUUCAGCACAGUGUUCGCCAACGAAGUGUACAAGGUGCUCAAAGUGCCCCGAGCCAGCAGACAGGACAGAUAACAGCUGCCACCCGCCACCCGCCUCCCCUCACAUGGACUCUGCACCAGCAACUCUUCUCUGCUUUAGCACAAUACCACUGCUUGCACUGGCACAGGUCCAGGCUGUGUCCGAAUGUCCACACUGUUACUACUGAGGGCACAUUUUAAGGGGUCACGCUGUUUUUAGGAGUGUCCGAAUGUCCAGUUGGUGAAAAAGUAGUGCGCUCAAAAUCUCCUACAAUGCACCUUGAAAAGUAGUGGGCAUCAGUGGUGAAGGUAAUGAAGUAUGAAAGUAAAACUACAAUACUUAAGGACACAUUUUACAUAUCUGUACUUUACAUAAGUACGUUUUACAGUGGAUACUUUUUACUUUUACACUACAUUUGAGAACAUCUAUCUGUACUUCCUACUCCACUACAUUUUAGAUCUGGACUGAAAAGUUAUUGUUUUACACCUCCUGAAAUGGUGAAGACUUUUUUUUUUUAACAUUUCCUUUUUGAGUUAACAUCCCAACUUUGAGCAAACCAAAUACACAAAAGCGGCUAGAAACAUUAAGAAAUCAGUUGAAUCACUGCUGAAUUCUUUUUCAAAAUCACCACAUUUCAACUUUUUAUUUGUUCUAAAAAUCUCUCUGCAAAACACUUUUACUCUUAAAGUACCGUAUUUUCCGGGCUAUAGGGCGCGCUCUUAAGUCUCCAACUGCAUCAAAAAACGAUUGCGCGCCCCACAAUCCAGAGCGUCCUAUAGACAAAUCCACUCAGGUGUCCCAGCACGACUUCAGUAAACUACAAAGCCGCAGCGCCCACAGCGCACGCAAACACGCACAGA